AUGGCACUGCGGGGGGCGGUGCUGGCGGCGGCGCUGGCGGUGGCGGCGGCGGUGGCGGCGGCGGUGGCGGUAGCUGGGGUCAGUUCACGACGAAAUUUGGUGGAUGAGACGAUGACAAGUGAAGAGUCGGUCACAAGGAACAAGGCGUCCGCCGACGCUUUAUCAUGGUGGAAUUUGAAAUUUACAUCAUUCCACUAUUCAGGUCUUUUUCUCAGCGUGCCUGAGCCUCUUCAAAAUCUCGACAUAAUACAUUAA